GCGCUGCUUUGCUUACCUUAUCCUAUCCUUCUCUCUCUCUCUCUCCUCUCUCUCUCUCUCUCUCUCUCUCUGAGACAAACAUACAGACUCACUCUCUGUGUCCCCAUCACAGCACUCUCUAAUCAAAUCACUAAAUUACGCUGGAGAAUAUGCCACUUCAGUACUUGUUCACGCUCUUCAAUCCCCACCCACUCUGCCAUGCCAUGUAAAAGCUCCUCUUUCAGCUAGCUCCUCAAAUCCAACACAACCCAAUCCAAUCCUAUCCUAUCCUUGUUCAUUUGUUAAAAAAGAAAAAUAUGAGAAAAACAUAAAUACAAAUUUCCAGCUGGUUUUCAACUAAGUACGUUAGAGCCACUAACCCUUUGGAUUUCUGUUUGGUUUUGCUGGUUGAUUAGUUGAAGGGUGGGCGGACUGACGGAGAUUUCAUUUUCUUUCAAGAGUUUUGGUUCCAAGAGAGAGAGACUGCAGUUCGAUACGUUCAAUUUCAAAGUCAUAGUUAUCAUCGCAUCGCUAAGGUUAUUAAUUAGAAGGAAGACAAAGCAGCAGCAGCCACAGUAUAGUAGUUAGUUUUGGUGGACAAUGGCUCCCAAGACUGGCAAGGCCAAGCCCCAUAAACCCAAGGGAGACAAGAAGAAAAAGGAGGAGAAAGUUUUGCCUACCGUAAUAGAGAUUAGCAUCGAAACACCAGAUGAGUUACAAGUAACUCUCAAGGGCAUCUCUACGGACAGGAUCCUGGACGUGAGAAAGCUGUUGGGAGUCCACGUGGAGACAUGUCAUUUGACCAAUUUCUCCUUAUCACACGAGGUGCGAGGACCCAAACUCAAAGAUUCGGUCGACAUCCUCUCCCUCAAGCCCUGCCACCUCACCAUCGUCGAAGAUGACUACACAGAAGAGCAAGCCGUGGCACACAUCCGGCGACUGAUGGACAUCGUCGCUUGCACGACAUCUUUUGGUUCGUCAUCCGCUUCUUCACCUAAAACGCCUGGCCGAUCAAACUCAAAGGGCGACGUACCGCAGCACCAAAACGACGACGGGCCCAAUGCAGAUGCAAGAGCCAAAGUUUCGGGUUCAAUUUCGAUCGUUGAUGCCGAGUCAGCUGCUGCCUCAACCGUGUCAAUGUAUCCUCCUCCAAAGCUCGGGCAGUUCUACGACUUCUUUUCCUUGUCUCACCUUACGCCUCCUCUCCACUACAUAAGAAGAUCUACGCGUCCGUUCCUUGAGGAUAAGACAGAAGACGACUUGUUUCAAAUGGACAUUCGGGUUUGUAGCGGGAAGCCGACGACAAUCGUGGCUUCCAGGAAAGGAUUCUACCCUGCUGGAAAACGAGCUCUAAUAGUUCACUCUUUGGUUGUUCUUCUUCAGCAAAUUAGUAGGCCAUUUGAUGUUGCAUACAACGCUGUUAUGAAGGCUUUCAUUGAGCACAAUAAAUUUGGAAACCUUCCCUACGGUUUUCGGGCAAACACAUGGGUUGUCCCUCCAAUUGCUGCUGAUAAACCGUCAGUUUUCCCAUCACUUCCUUUGGAAGACGAAAACUGGGGAGGAAGCGGAGGUGGUCAGGGAAGAGACGGUAAACAUGAUUACAGGCCAUGGGCAAAGGAGUUUGCCAUUCUAAAAGUAAUGCCUUGCUCAACAUCAGAGGAGAGGCAAGUGCGAGACCGCAAGGCUUUUUUGCUUCACAGUUUAUUUGUGGACGUCUCUGUUCUUAAAGCUGUUACAGCAAUUAAGCGUCUAGUUGAGACUAACCAUUGUGCCUUAAAUGAUCCCACUUUUUCACUUGUUCACGAGGAAAGUGUUGGAGAUUUAAUCAUUAAGGUGACCAGAAAUAUGCCCGAUGCAAGUAUAAAGGUAGACUGUAAAAACGAUGGCAGCCAAGUUCUUGGAAUUCCGCAAGAACAAGUUACUCAGAGAAACCUACUCAAAGGAAUAACAGCUGACGAAAGUGCAACUGUUCAUGAUACUGCUACACUAGGUGUUGUGGUUGUCAGACUUUGUGGGUUUACGGCUGUUGUGAGGGUUUCAAGUGAGGUGAAUUGGGAAGGAAAACCUGUUCCUAAGGACGUUGAAAUUGAGGACCAGCUUGAAGGUGGUGCUAAUGCUUUGAAUGUUAAUAGCUUGAGGCUGUUAUUGCAACAGUCCUCCCUGCCUCAAUCAUCAAAUGCGGUUAUACGUACAGAUUUUGAAAGUAUACUUACUACUAGAUCUCUCGUGAAGAAAGUACUUGAAGACAGUCUGUCAAGAUUGCAGGAUGGACCCACUAAUAAUACUAAGUCCAUUAGAUGGGAGCUAGGAGCAUGUUGGGUACAACAUUUGCAAAAUCAAGCUUCGGGAAAAACUGAAUCUAAAAAAACUGAACAAGCUAAGAUUGAGCCAGUUGUUAAGGGUCUUGGAAAGCAAGGGGGGUUACUAAAGGAAAUUAAAAAGAAAAUGGAUGUCAGGAGCAACAAAACUGACCAGCUGAAGGAUGUUGUUGGGGUUAACAACCUUGAUAUGAAUCAGAAUUUUGAUACCACUACUCAGGAGGAAUUAGAAAAGCGAGAUGUAGAAAAGGAAACUAUUUGGAGAAAGAUGCUUCCUGAAUCGUCAUAUUUGCGCCUCAAAGAAUCAGAAACUGGUCUUCACCUUCAGUCACCCGAUGAGUUGAUUGAAAUGGCACAUAAAUACUAUGUUGACACUGCACUUCCAAAACUGGUUGCAGAUUUUGGCUCCCUUGAACUUUCACCAGUCGAUGGAAGGACAUUGACAGAUUUUAUGCAUACUAGGGGUUUGCAAAUGUCUUCCCUAGGACGUGUGGUUGAACUUGCAGAUAAGCUUCCUCAUGUACAAUCACUUUGUAUCCAUGAGAUGGUUGUGCGAGCCUACAAACACAUACUCCAAGCAGUUGUAGCAGCAGUUGAUAAUAUUGCAGACUUGGCUGCAUCAAUAGCGGCAUGUUUAAAUAUAUUGCUAGGAACACCAUCAACUGAAAAUGGGGAUGUAGAUAUUACUUAUGAUGAUGCAUUAAAAUGGAAAUGGGUGGAAAGUUUCCUUUUGAAGAGGUUUGGGUGGCAAUGGAAACACGAAACUGUUAAGGAUCUAAGGAAGUUUGCCAUUCUCCGUGGAUUGUCCCACAAGGUUGGACUUGAGCUUGUUCCUAGGGACUACGAUAUGGACAAUGUAUCUCCUUUUCGGAAAUCAGAUAUAGUAAGCAUGGUCCCUGUAUAUAAGCACGUUGCAUGUUCAUCCGCGGAUGGGCGUACACUCUUAGAAUCGUCCAAGACUUUGUUGGAUAAAGGUAAACUGGAGGAAGCGGUUAAUUUUGGCACUAAGGCACUCUCAAAACUAGUGUCAGUAUGUGGGCCUUAUCAUCGAAUGACAGCGGGAGCAUAUAGUCUUCUUGCUGUAGUAUUGUACCACACUGGGGAUUUCAACCAGGCGACCAUCUAUCAGCAAAAGGCAUUGGAUAUCAACGAGAGGGAGCUUGGACUUGAUCAUCCUGAUACGAUGAAAAGUUAUGGGGAUUUGGCUGUUUUCUAUUACAGACUUCAACAUACAGAGUUGGCCCUCAAGUACGUCAAUCGUGCUUUGUAUCUUUUGCAUCUAACAUGUGGGCCGUCUCAUCCAAAUACGGCUGCCACCUAUAUUAACGUGGCAAUGAUGGAAGAAGGUUUGGGGAAUGUCCAUGUUGCUCUUAGGUAUCUCCAUGAAGCUCUAAAGUGCAAUCAAAGGCUACUUGGACCUGAUCAUAUACAGACCGCUGCUAGCUAUCAUGCCAUUGCUAUAGCACUCUCUUUGAUGGAAGCUUACACAUUAAGUGUUCAGCAUGAACAAACUACCUUACAGAUACUUCAAGCAAAACUUGGCUCUGAGGAUCUACGCACACAGGAUGCGGCUGCAUGGCUUGAGUAUUUCGAGUCUAAGGCUUUGGAGCAGCAAGAAGCUGCACGCAAUGGUACUCCAAAGCCAGAUGCCUCUAUCUCCAGCAAAGGACAUUUAAGUGUGUCAGACCUUUUGGAUUAUAUAACACCAGAUGCUGAUACGAAAGCGAGGGAUGCAAGAAAAGCUCGUGCAAAGGUUAAAGGAAAACCAGGAAAAAACGAGGCAAUAGUCUCAGAUGGAUACCAGAAGGAUGAAAUUUUGUUACCAAGUCAGCUUGUUGCCGAGAAUUCAGGUGAUAAAGAGAACCAGUCUGCACCUCCAUUUGCAGAGCCUAAGCAUGAGAAAGUUGAUUCAAGUCUACUGGAUCAAUCAAUAAUAUUCGAAAAAAAAGAUGAUGCAGCACAAGAUGACGCCUCAGAUGAAGGUUGGCACGAAGCAGUUCCUAAAGGUCGUUCACCCAUGGGUCGCAAAUCCUUUCUGUCAAGGAGACCAAGCCUCGAAAAACUGAAUACUAAUUUUGUGCAUGCAUCCCAAUUGUCACGAUACCAUGGAAAGCCUAAUAGGUUGACAUCUCCAAAAACAAGCCCAAUUGAGCCUGCUGCUUUUCCUGGACCUGCUCUUCCCGUCUCAAAAAAGUUUGUUAAGAGUGCAAGCUUCAGUCCUAAGCCAAGCAACUCUAGCAUGUCAGUUAGUGGAGGGACAGAGAAGCUCUCAAACCCAAGGUCAGCACCUUCUACUCCAGCUUCUAUUGAUAAAGUUACCAAGUCAUCUUCUUUGACAAAUCCAACCAGUGUUCAGUCAGCUGGAAAACUUUUCUCUUAUAAAGAAGUUGCGUUGGCUCCUCCUGGAACAAUUGUGAAGGCAGUGGCAGAGCAAUUACCAAAAGGAAAUGUUCCCAUUGUACAACUUUCUAAGGUUGGCCAGGAGAAAACUGCAACAGAUGUUACCGGUGAAGUGAUACUAGUUAAAGAUGUCGAGGAAGAGGAAAAGCAAAAACUUGUGGGAGAGAAAGUGGAUUUGGCUCUUGAGGAAAAUAGUAUUGAUGUAAAACAUACAAAAGUGCAGAACUCUGUGGCAAAGAAAUCUCUGGGAGUUGUAAAGCAUGCUAGUGCUGGAGUACAAGUGGAAACUGAGAUCAUAGAACUGAAAACCACUGCAUAUGAAGAAGGACAAGUUGAAAAUGCUGAAGUCAUGGUUUCAAACGUUGAGAUUUCUAUUACUUCCCAACCCCCAAACGCUACUCAAAAUGGACAAUUGCAAACUCAAGCGCUGGACAGUUCGACCAAGGUUUGCCCUGAUUCAGAACCUUCAUUUGUUUUAACUGAAAGCACAACUCACUUUAUGGAAGAAAAUUCUUCCCUUUCGGAAGCAAAGGUUGAAGAAGAUGGAAGUCCACAUGAUUUCUCUGAGGGUGGGAUAGUUAAGCAAGGGCCAACUGAUGGAGAAAAGUUAGAUGAACCAGAAACUAGAAAAGAGACCACCAAGAAACUUUCUGCAGCCGCACCACCAUUCAAUCCAUCCCUAAUACCAGUUUUUGGUUCAGUUCCAGUGGCAGGUUCCAAAGAUCAUGGAGGGAUUUUGCCCCCACCAGUAAAUAUUCCUCCUAUGCUUACGAUCAGUUCUGUUCGUAGAUCACCUCAUCAGUCAGCAACAGCAAGGGUUCCGUAUGGUCCACGAUUGGCUGGUGGAUAUAAUAGAUCUGGAAGUCGGGCUUCACGUAAUAAACAUGUCUUCCACAAUGGUGAGAACACAGGGGAUGGAAAUCACUUUAGUCCACCUAGAGUCAUGAACCCACAUGCGGCAGAGUUUGUACCUGGGCAACCUUGGAUUCCCAAUGGCUAUCCAGUAUCUCCUAGUGAUUUUUUGCCUUCCCCAAGUGGUUAUCCCAUGUCCCCAAAUGGAUAUCCAUUGUCGCCUAAUGAUAUUCCAGUGACUCAAAAUGCGUUCCCAACAUCUCCAAUUGGUUCAGAAGAGUCGUUAACAAUUAUAAAUGCUCCACUUGGUGUUGAAACAAAUAUUAAAGGUGAAGCAAAAGAGAAUAAUGAUAUGUCUUCAUUAGAAGUUGGAUGCGAGAUGCAAAAAAUUGAAGAAGAGUUGCAGAAAGAAGAGUAUGUUGAUAAUGUAGUCUCGCAUUCUAAUCUUGAAGAAAAGCCUAUUGAAACAUAUACGGUUGUUGAUAUUGAUGUAGCAAAAGAGAUCAGCAGCAAAUUAGUGGUUGAGGAAAAUCCAAGUAAAUGUUGGGGAGAUUAUAGUGACAAUGAAGCUGAGGUCAUACAAAUUUCUAGUUGAAGAGAUGGAUCGUCUGAAGAGAUUUUUCCCACGAAGCAUGUGGUAUAACUGACUGAAACCUGUCGACUGUGAAUACUUGUGAUACAGUUUUCUUUCUACAAAGUUGAAGGAUAAAUUUAAAUGGAACUGAGUUCGUAAGCUGAAAGGUGAAAGAAACAUGACAUGACUACGGAAGUGUUUGUUGAGUACGUAAUUCAGUAGUAGAUCAUAUUAAUCUUCCAGUUCAUUCAAUAAUUUCUUUUUCUUUUGAUUUAACCGUUGUCUGUUUUCAAUGGAAUCAACCCAUCGAAUGUGAAUCCUCAUGAUCGUGUAUUCCUUGGGUGAUGAUUGCUUUCAACUUGUAAGACAAUAAAGUUCAAAUUCUCUCAUGUAUUAAGAUUUUCCAGAUAUUCCAAAUUUUUCGUUUUGUACUCAA